CCGGGAGCGCGCGGGCAGCGGACACUCGCCCCGCCGGGCCCUCCGCGCCUCCCGCCCAGCCGGCCCGAGCGCUGACCUCGGAGGCCGCACGGCUGGUGGCCAGCGCCGCGCGGGCGGGUCCUGCAGGCCGCGGGCCCGUGCGGCACAGACGCCACCGGAGUCCGCGCCCAGGCGAGCACACGGGCGGCCCGCUGAGGCGCCGCCGGGGCUGAAAGCCCGGAGGGCGGCGGGAGGAGGCGGUAUCUGGAAACUAGACAAUGUGCCUCCGUAGAAGUUCUUGCUUUCUCCAUCGCCCAACACCCAUAGCAGUGCCUGCCACACCCUUGUCUUGAGAACCUCGUGAGGUGUUCAGGUGUUCCGUGAAGAGAGCCUUGGCCUUGAAGAGUAUGUAGCACCCGCUUGUGUCCUGGACUUGUUCUUCACCCCAGAGAGCUGUGUGCCAAUGGUGGCAUGCUUCCUGCAUCGCCCCUGUGAGGAACUGACCCGCUGCCAGCCGGCAUUGCCUGUUGACUAGGCCACUCCAGUGCACUGGCCCUCGCCAGCGUCUAGCCAUGGGGGAUAUGAAAACUCCGGAUUUUGAUGAUCUUCUGGCUGCCUUUGACAUCCCAGAUCCCACCAGCCUUGAUGCCAAGGAGGCCAUCCAGACGCCCAGUGAGGAGAACGAGAGUCCCCUGAAGCCACCCGGCAUGUGUAUGGAGGAGGCUGUGUCCUUGGUCCACGCGGGGGCCACCUCUGAUGUCCCGGCCGUGAGCGUCAUCGUUAAGAACACCAGCCGCCAGGAGUCCUUUGAGGUGGAGAAGGAGCACACCGCCCCCAGCCUCCUGCACAACGGCUUCCGGGGUGCCGAGCUGCCCGCAGACCCCCACGGCCUGGGGCAUGACUGUGGGAAGUUCGAGGCGGCCUUUAUGAAUGGCGACAGUAGCCGGACUGUCUCUGGCAAGCUGGAGCCUGCGAAGUCGGAGCCUCUUCCCACCUUUGACCAGUUCAGCCCCAUCUCUAGCCCAGAGCCCGAGGGUGCUGUCAAAGAUAAUGGGUUUGGGGGGAAGGCCAAGCACCCUGACAGUUACUUCCCAGCCCCACCUGGGUGCGGGUCCGUGACGGGGCCUGUCCUUGAGGCUCUGGCCAAGUUCCCGGUGCCGGAGCUGCACAUGUUCGAUCACUUCUGUAAGAAAGAGCCAAAGCCAGAACCGCUGCCCCUGGGGAGCCCGGAGCAGUGUGAGCGAGGCAGCCAGAAAGCAGAGUCCCACAAGGAGCUGGAUGCUGGUCGGAUCUUUGGGGAGGCUUUGGAGCUCAAUAGCCACACCGGGAAUAAUACUGGGGAGUCCAGGAGCCUAGCCCCGGAGCUCGCGUCCUGCUCGUCAGUACCCCCCCGCCAGCGGCUCAAGCCAGCUCAUUCCAAACUUUCGUCUUGCGUGGCAGCUCUGGUGGCACUCCAGGCCAAAAGGGUGGCCAGUGUCACCAAGGAGGAGCAGCCGGCUCCCCCCAAGGAUCCUUCAGGGCCCAUGAAAGAGGCCUCCAAAGGUAGCCCCAAGAUGCCCAAGUCACCGAGGAGUCCCCGAAGCCCACUCGAGGCCACCAGGAAGAGUGCAAAGCCAUCGGACAGCCCGCGGAGUAUCUGCAGCGAUGGCAGUAGCAAAGGGUCCCCGCCAGCAAUCCCCAAAGUUAGAAUCAAAACCAUCAAGACGUCAUCGGGCGAGAUCAAACGGACCGUCACGAGGAUCCUGCCGGAUCCUGACGAUCCCAGUAAGUCCCCUGCAGGGUCACCGCUGGGGAGCGCCGCAAAUGAGGGGCCAGAGGAGGAGGCCCCCCGUCCGGCCGGGGUGGAAGGCUCUCCAGAGGCGGGGCCCACUUUAGGGAGCCCCUCGGGUGACAGGAAAGGGGAUGGGAGCCUGAGCCAGGCAGGCACCUCCCCCUCUCCCUGCAGCAGCUCUGGGGCCCGCACCGCCAAGGGGGCUGCUAAGAAGCCCCCGCAGAGCACCGGGCUGCAGGCGUCUACCCCGGGGCCUGCCAACCUGCUGCCCAAAGCCGUGCACCUGGCCAACCUAAACCUGGUGCCUCACAGCGUUGCCGCCUCCGUCACAGCCAAGCCUUCUGCGCAGCGGCGUGGGCAACCACAGCCCACACAGAUGUCCGUGCCCCUGGUCCACCAGGUGAAGAAGGCCGCCCCGCUGGCCGUGGAGGCCUUCAGCAAGGUUCUGCACAGCUCCAACCCUGUGCCCGUCUACGCGCCCAACCUCAGCCCGCCUGCUGAAAGCAGGAUUCAGGUGCCGGCCUGUGGCCAUUGCUGCCUGGAAUGUGGGGACGCCUUCGCCUUAGAGAAGAGCCUGAACCAGCACUAUGGUCGGCGCAGCGUCCACAUCGAGGUGCUGUGCGUGCCCUGCUCGCAGACGCUGCUCUUCUUCAACAAGUGCAGCCUGCUGCGGCAUGCCCGCGACCACAAGAGCAAGGGCCUUGUCAUGCAGUGCUCCCAGCUGCUGGUGAAGCCCAUCUCCGCUGACCAGAUGUUUGUGGCGGCCCCUGCUAGCUCCCCUGUGCCAGCGCCCCCAGCCGCCACCUCCCCCAAGCCCAGCCUCCCUUCAGCCAGUGCCAGCUCCCCGCUACCGGCCUUGCCGCUCUACCCGGACCCUGUGAGGCUCAUCCGGCAUGGGGUCAAGUGUCUGGAGUGCCACCGGCAGAUGCGUGACUACAUGGCCAUGGCGGCUCACUUCCAGAGGACCACGGAGGAGACGGAGGGGCUGACCUGUCAGGUGUGUCAGAUGCUGCUGCCCAACCAGUGCAGUUUCUGUGCCCACCAGCGGACACACGCACACAAGUCCCCCUACUGCUGCCCGGAGUGUGGAGUCCUGUGCCGCUCGGCCUACUUCCAGACCCACGUGAAGGAGAACUGUUUGCACUAUGCCCGGAAGGUGGGCUACAGGUGCAUCCAUUGUGGGGUCGUGCACCUGACCUUGGCCUUGCUGAAAAGCCACAUCCAGGAGUGGCACUGCCAGGUUUUCCACAAAUGUGCAUUUUGCCCCAUGGCCUUCAAGACCGCCAGCAGCACUGCAGAGCACAGCUCCUCCCAGCACCCCAGCCAGCCCCACAAGCCUUCCCAGCUCAUCUACAAGUGCUCCUGUGAAAUGGUCUUCAACAAGAAGAGGCACAUGCAGCAGCAUUUCUACCAGAACGCCAGCACGGCGCAGGUGGGCGUCUUCAAGUGCCCUGAGUGCUCCCUCCUGUUCCUGCAGAAACCGGAGCUCAUGCUGCACGUCAAGAGUGUCCACGGGGUUCCUCGGAAUGUGGAUGAGCUAUCAAGCCUCCAGGCUUCGGCGGACCCGUCCUCCAGCCGCCCUGGUUCUCGGGAUCCUGCUGAGCCCCCGGCCCCCAGCGUGGCUUCCCGAGGGAGCUCUCUGCCCUCCAGCCGCUGGGGCCGGCCCGAAGCCCAUCGCAGGACCGAAGCCAGGCCCCGGCUUCGGGCCACGGGCUGGACCUGCCCAGAGUGCCAGGAGUGGGUCCCUGACCGGGAGAGUUAUGUGUCCCACAUGAAGAAGAGCCAUGGACGGACGCUGAGGCGCUACCCCUGCCGGCAGUGCGAGCAGUCCUUCCACACCCCUAACAGCCUGCGCAAACACAUCCGCAACAACCAUGACACCGUGAAGGAGGAGUAUGUGUGCGGGUAUUGCACCGAGGACAGCCCCAGCUUCCCUCGGCUCUCGCUCCUGGAGAGCCACAUCAGCCUUAUGCACGGGAUCAGGAACCCUGACUUGAGCCAGUCAUCCAAAGCCAGAGCCCCCGGCGGACAACCCCCUCAGGUGAACCACCGGAAAAGACCCGUCAGCGGGGUAGGGGGUGCCCCAGGCACCAGCAAUGGCCUGAUGGUCUCUUCCACCAAAAGGCCCAAGUCCCUUUUCCAGUGUGCGAAAUGUAGCUUUGCCACAGACUCAGGGCUUGAGUUCCAGCGCCACAUACCUCAGCACCAGACAGACAGCUCCACGUCCCAGUGCCCGUUCUGCGCCCUGUGCUACACCUCUGCCAGCUCCCUCAGCCGCCACCUCUUCAUCGUCCACAAGGUGAGAGAUCAGGAGGAGGAGGAGGAGCCGGAGGCGGGCUCUGCAGAGGAGGUGGCUGUGGACCCCAGGGAGAAUGGACUGGAAGGAUGUGCUGCUGAGCCCUUGGCGGGCAGCCCCGAAGCCAGGAGCUCCGUGGGCCCGGGCGCCCAGGAGGAUGGUGCCCCGGCCACUCAAAGCCAACCGCAGGCCCCUCAGGACCAGGACAGCGGUGCUCCAUCCCCUCGGGUGUGACCGAGGCUGUUGGGCCUGUGCUGAGGCGCACCUUGGUCACGUGUCCAGCGGGAGGUUGAGAUCCUGCCCUGCGUGAGUGUGGCCUGGAGCAGGCGUGGGGUGGGGUCACCUGGGGAACCUUGCCGUCUUGGACUUGCUUCUGUUAUUUAUGGCUUUGUGCUGCUUCUUGGUACCCCGAGUCUGGUCUGUGCCCCUCCACACCCCAGCUGCCCUGGCGUAAGUGGUCUCGCCCCAGUGCUGUUGACACGGCUGGGAGCCCCAGUGGCCGUGUCCCUCUGUAGAGAGCUGCCAGUAGCCUCCCGCCAGGGUCUCCUUGAGUGCGCAUGGCCCACCGCCGGCCGCUGUUGCUCCCUUGGAGCUGGGAAGGAGGUGAGGGUGCUCCUGUUGGCUCUGAUUCUUUCCUCCCAAAGAGAAUCGUCCCGAUGGCCCCCAGGUGUGGGGGUGGCGCUGGGGAGCAGUGAGGCGGCCGAGGGCAGGCCCUCCCUGGAGCUGCAGCCUUGCUCCACCUGCUCCUGCUCAGAUGGGGCGUCUGUGCCCCGGCCCUGGGCUCUCAGGCUGCCGCCCUGGCCCCUCCUGUUGCUCAGACCGUAUUUCAAAUAAAAACAUCUUCUUACCAUG